UGUUUAGCUUUCUUGUAUCGUGAAACUCGUACGUCUAUGAAAGUCAUCCCGGCUUAUGUGGUAAUAACGCGUUGUUGCUGUUUUGCUAACCUAUGUAAUCCGUGAGAACUGAUGAUUCGUUUAUGGUACUUUAUAUCGAUAUUUAAGCAGCUGCGUCCGAUAAUAUAAUGGCGUCUGGAUUAGAGAGCUACGUGAAUCAUACAGUUUCCAUCAUCACAUCGGACGGUAGGAAUUUUAUUGGUACACUGAAAGGUUUUGACCAGACCAUUAAUAUAAUUUUGGACGAAUCACACGAACGGGUAUAUAGCACGACACAGGGAGUAGAGCAGGUUGUCUUGGGAUUGCACAUUAUCAGGGGCGAUAACGUAGCAAUAGUAGGAGAGCUAGACGACGAGAUGGACGCGAGAUUGGAUUUAUCGACAAUACGAGCUGACCCCCUAAGUUCUAUCACACAUUGAUGACAUUGUACCUUAAACUGCAAUUGGAAUCGUCAUCAGUUUUCGUCUGAAGUUUAAAAUAGAAGUAAUCGCGAAGAUUAGAAAAAAAUUAAUACAACUUUUUAUACAGGUCGUAUAUUGUAUAAAAAUCUUCCAUUUCUCAUAUAUAGACACGUUUACUAUAUAUAAUUGUAUUUUAAAAAGUGCACAGAAUUAAUACAGCAGUAUUUACAUCAUUGAGCCAAACUGAAAACUUACGUUUCAUCAACAAUUCUUAUCUGUACAAAAAUCUUCCUAUAUAUAAUGAUAGUAAAUUUUACUCUUUACAAAUGUAAUUUCAUUCUAUAUGUCAACAUAAUGUAGCAAUAUAAUAUAAUAAUAAAAGUAUGUAGAUUAACA